CUCGUAUUCGCCGUAGUACGAUUCGUGAUUUCGCCUUCCGGCCGGGCGGCUUAGCUCCACCCCAACUCUUACAAUUGGGAUUCUGUAUAGCUGCAUCCAUUUUCGUGUAUUUAAGAUAUCUUCAAGAAUUAACAAACGUGGAGAAAAGCGAGACGCAGAGGUACGGAGGGUCUCGAAAAGCAAACGAGGUGGAUUCGACAUCUAUAUUAUGAGAUGCAAAGGAACCCACCCAGGACGAUGACAGCGAUGGGUUAGACAGGAUUGUACACGAUGAUGGCAAAAUAAAAGCAUUAUUCUGUAAAGAUGUCUGCUCCAGCCGGGCCCCACAGCGGGCCUGUCCUGCCGGAGAUGCCCGACCUGAGCCACCUCACCGAGGAGGAGAGAAAGAUCAUCCUCGGUGUCAUGGACCGGCAGAAGAAAGAGGAGGAAAAGGAGCAGUCCAUGCUGAAGGUCAAAGAAGAUGCAAAAACUCAGCCAGUCCAGUGGUUUCCCUUUAGUGGGUUCACUGAUCUGGUUAAUAAUGUCCUCCAGCCCCAGACAAAGUCUCAAAACCAACCUCAAACAGACCCUUCAAAAGAACCAGAGACGAAACUGCACCAGCAAUUUGAGAGUUAUAAGGAGCAGGUGAAGAAGAUGGGAGAGGAAUCACAGGCCAGCCAGGAACAGAAGGGCGACGCCCCCACCUGCGGAAUCUGCCAUAAAACCAAGUUUGCCGACGGCUGUGGCCACCUCUGUUCUUAUUGCCAAACCAAGUUCUGUGCACGAUGUGGAGGAAGAGUUGCACUACGCUCGAACAAGGUAAUGUGGGUUUGCAACCUGUGCCGAAAACAACAAGAGAUCCUCACCAAGUCCGGGGCCUGGUUUUACAGCGGGGGGCCGGAGGCCGUCCUGCCCUCUGGCGUGAGUGACCCCCGUCGUCGCCACGAAGAGGCUCCUCAAGAGAAGAAGGCCAAACUGCAAGAACCCCCUCUUCUGUACCAGGGGCCGCCAGGGGACCGCACCAGAGCCCCGGGACUUCCGCGUCAGGCGUCUCUUAACAACGACACUCUGACUAACAGGAAAAGAAGCCCAUCUGCAACCAGGGAUCCAAACCAAAAAUACGACCAAAGGGAGGAAAAAGCGGAGCGUUCACAGUAUGCCCCAGGGCAGGGCGGCAUGCCACGAUCGCCGUCUGACUACGGGGCCGGAGAGCGGCAAUGUCGAGGAGGUUACGGUCGCACCUACGAGGACGCAGAGGUAGCGCGGGGGGCAUACCGUGCUCAACGGGGCGGAUGGCACUCUCAGGAAGAGUAUCCGCCUGAACCUGGUUUCCUGCCCGACGGCCCGCCCCUCAGCGAACACGAGCUACAGCGCAAGCGGCAAGAGGAGUACCAGAACCGUUACCGUAGCGACCCGAACCUGGCCCGCUACCCGGUCAAGCCGCAACCCUACGAGGAACAGAUGCGCAUGCACGCGGAAGUGUCGCGCUUUAGGCACGAACGGCGCCAUAGCGAUGUAUCCCUUGCUUACACGGAGAUGGACGAGCCUCUCGGGCCCCUGCGUGGACCUCGCUACUCACAAGGCCCCGGACACACGCAGCGGAGGUCCAACCACAGUCCACCGGGUAUGGACUCCCUUAAUAGACAGCAGCACCUAGAUCCCGUCUCAGCCGUACGGAAGAAUAAACGAGAGAAGGUGGAAAGCAUGUUGCGGAACGACUCGCUCAGUUCGGACCAAUCGGAGUCGGUCAGGCCGCCACCGCCCAAACCACACAAGUCCAAGAGGGGUGGCAAAAUGAGACAGGUGUCCCUGAGCAGCUCAGAGGAGGAACUGGCCACUACACCCGAGUACACCAGCUGCGAGGACGUGGAGAUCGAGAGUGAAUCCGUUAGCGAAAAAGGGGACAGUCAAAGGGGAAAAAGACAAACUUUUGAGCAGUCACACAUCAUAUCUGAGGGCCAAAAGAAAAUGGUGCGCUUUGGGGGACACUCUUUGGAGGAAGAUGCUGAUUGGUGUGAACCCCAAGUUAAAGACUCGGGGGUUGAUACGUGCAGUAGCACGACCCUAAAUGAGGAACAUAGCCAUAGUGAGAAGCACCCGGUCACAUGGCAGCCCUCCAAAGAUGGAGAUCGACUUAUAGGCAGGAUUCUGCUUAACAAGCGGAUGAAGGAUGGCAGCAUUCCCCGCGACUCCGGUGCUCUUUUGGGAUUGAAAGUGGUUGGGGGAAAGAUGACAGAGUCUGGUCGACUUUGUGCUUUCAUCACCAAAGUAAGGAAAGGGAGUUUAGCGGAUACUGUUGGACACCUCAGACCAGGUGACCAGGUCCUAGAGUGGAAUGGCAGAAAGUUGCAAGGAGCGACAUUUAAAGAAGUUUACAAUAUCAUUUUAGAAUCAAAGCCAGAGCCUCAGGUGGAACUAGUGGUCUCACGGCCCAUUGGAGAUAUACCCAGGAUACCUGAAAGCACACAUUCACAACUGGAGUCCAGUUCCAGUUCAUUUGAGUCACAGAAGAUGGAUCGGCCAUCUAUAUCCAUCACGUCUCCCAUGAGCCCUGGUGUGCUGCGGGACGCCCCUCAGUAUUUAUCGGGACAGCUUACAAGCCAAAGCCUUAGUAGAAGAAUUGAGCCUUUUAAUCCUAGAGUUCAGGUCAAACUGUGGUAUGACAAAGUCGGCCAUCAGCUCAUCGUCACCAUACUGGGGGCGAAGGACCUGCCUUCAAGAGAAGACGGCCGACCGCGAAAUCCAUACGUGAAAAUCUACUUCCUCCCUGACAGAAGUUUGAAUAAUUGUUUCUCCAGUGACAAAAGCAAAAGAAGAACAAAAACGGUAAAGAAAUCACUAGAGCCCAAAUGGAACCAGACCUUUAUGUAUUCUCCCGUCCACCGGCGAGAGUUCAGGGAACGUAUGCUGGAGAUCACGCUGUGGGAUCAGGCCCGGGUACGAGAAGAAGAGAGUGAGUUCCUGGGAGAGAUCCUCAUAGAGCUGGAAACAGCACUCGUAGAUGAUGAGCCACACUGGUACAAACUCCAAACGCAUGAUGUGUCAUCAGUCCCCCUGCCCAAGAGCUCCCCCUCCAUGCAGAGACGAGCACUGCAUGGAGAGAGUCCCUCACGCAGAUUGCAGAGGUCCCAGAGGAUCAGUGACAGCGAGUUUUCAGACUAUGACUGUGAAGAUGGUGUUGGUGUUUUAUCAGACUAUAGAAACGGCAGGGAUCUCCAGAGCUCCACCCUCUCUGUGCCCGAACAGGUCUUAUCGUCCAAUCAUUGCUCUCGGUCAGCAGACAUCAACCGGGCGCGGUCACGGUCACCCAGUGUGCCCCCUUCUCAGAGUCAUUUUCUCACCUUACCUCGAACCCGACACAGUCAGCCUCAUGACAGUCAGCUGGAGGAGCUCAGGAAUUACGGAGCGCACGACUAUCACCACAGGUCCCGCUCUGCAGACCAGCGGUCCGCACUGGAGAGACCUAUGUACAGUCGCUCUCGCUCCACGGAGCGGCCGCCCGACAGCCCUCACUUGAGGUCAUCAAUGCCCUCCCUGCCGUCAGGACACUCCGCACCAUCUUCCCCUGCCUUAUCGAGGGCUCAUCCUCGUGGAGGAUCGGCUCAGACCAGUCCCACCGGCACACCUCUAAACAACAGGAGAGGACGACAGCUACCACAACUGCCUCCCAAAGGAACGCUAGAACGAAAAGACUGUGAUGAAGAACCUGAGCCAUGUCCAGGUGCUUUGGACGUCGAAGAGCGAACGCGGGAGAUGAAGCUGAAGAUGAACAAAUAUAAACAAGGAACUGGUUCAGACUCCAGACUCGAACAGGAUUAUCAAUCAAAGCGUUCAGGCAGGGACCCUCAGCGAGGAGAAAACCUCUCGGCCAAAUCUUCGGACAGUGAUGUUAGCGACGUGUCCGCUGUGUCGAGAACCAGUAGCGCAUCUCGAUUCAGCAGCAUGAGCUACAUCUCUGUCCAAUCAGAACGGCCGCGGGGAAGCCGAAAGAUCAGUGAAUUUACAUCCAAAAUGAAACACAGGCAAAUGGGAGCGGCCCCCGGUGGCAAUAUGACCAAAAGCACCAGCAUCGGCGGGGAAAUGUGCAGUCUGGAGAAGACCGACGGCAGCCAAUCGGACACGGCCGUGAGCCUGGCGGGAACCGUUCAGAAGAAACGACGCUCCAGCAUCGGCGCCAAGAUGGCGGCAGUCGUCGGGUUGAGUCGAAAGAGUCGUAGCGCAUCCCAACUCAGCCAGACAGAAGCAGGAGGAAAGAAGCUUCGUAGCACAAUUCAGAGGAGCACGGAGACCGGUCUGGCUGUGGAGAUGCGAACCCGAAUGACCCGGCAGGCCAGUCGUGAAUCCAAUGAUGGAAGCAUGAACAGUUACAGCUCGGAGGGGAAUCUCAUCUUCCCUGGUGUAAGACUUUCCUCUGACAGCCAGUUCAGUGAUUUCCUGGAUGGACUUGGCCCCGCCCAGCUUGUGGGAAGACAGACGUUAGCCACACCCCCUAUGGGUGACAUUCAGAUUGGGAUGGUGGAAAAGAAAGGAGCGCUGGAGGUUGAGGUCAUCCGGGCCAGAGGCCUUGUGGGCAAACCAGGUUCUAAAGCAUUGCCAGCCCCUUACGUUAAAGUGUAUCUACUGGAGAAUGGUGCCUGUAUAGCAAAAAAGAAAACAAAAGUAGCACGAAAAACACUGGACCCACUCUACCAGCAGCAGCUGUCGUUUGAAGAGACUCCAGGAGGAAAAGUUUUACAGAUCAUUGUAUGGGGAGACUACGGACGUAUGGACCACAAGUCUUUCAUGGGAGCUGCUCAGAUACUUUUAGAUGAUCUGGACUUGUCCAACCUGGUUAUUGGCUGGUUUAAGCUGUUCCCUCCCUCUUCAUUAGUCGACCCAACUUUGGCCCCGUUGACUAGAAGAGCGUCCCAGUCAUCUCUCGACAGCGGACCUUUUGGUCGCUCGUAGCAGUUUUUUGAAAUUAGCGUUAUUGUAGCAGCCAUUGGGUCGAGUUUGAGAUUUGCGACAGGUCCCGUUUCCCCGGUAACACUGCAUGCUUGAUGUUGUGUGUUCAGAGCUUGUUUCUUAGGGGUGAUUAAAGGGGUCCUGUGUUUGCUCGCAAAAAAAGUCGCACACAUUGUGCGCAAAGAGCACCCACUAAGGGUAGGGGAGAGACAAGCUGAACAAAGCUGAAAAUGGGCUCGUUAGCUUAAGGAAAAUCACAAUUCCUGCUUUUAGAACCUUUUUGAAGCCAUCAGAGAUGGGUCUGAACUUAGAACCAGUCGGAUUCUUCAGAAGCCCUUUUUGAAUCGGGCUACAAUGUUCUCUUCGACUUUUCUUUUACCAUUUAUUUCAUGUAUGUUUUAAUGUUGAUGUAUUUGUAUCUACAUGGGCUAACAGUGUUCCUUACCAGAGACUGGGUCAAGCCAUGCCAACAGACCCAGAAAUGUACACGUGAAACAAGAAUAUGAGAUGGGAUUGAGCUUUGAUUUUGCACCUCACUCCCCUGAUAUGAUUCUGCUAGAUCAACACGGAGACGAAAUCUAGGUUUGAAUUGUUGUGAAAAACCUUUUAAGAUCAAACUGAAUUACUUCUCUUGAUACUGUAUGAAAACUAAACGUUUUUAUUUUGCAUGGACACAACUUUAGCUGAACUUAAGAAAAAAAAAGAAAAAAUUGUUGGAAAAUAAAUACAAAAUAUUUUCUUGAGACUGCUACUCUCAACAACUACAAGAAAA